UUUUUUUUCAAACGAACUUGAUUCUUUCAAAGCUUUACUUUUGAUGGAUACUGAUCAAACCAGCCAGGCUGUGCUGUUGAUGACAUAUCACUAAAAAUAUAUACAUAAUCAAAUCAAGUAAUCUCCUCAAAUCUUCAAACUGACUGACAGAUGUGCUAAAAUAUUGAUAAAGCGGUAGAAGAUGAGUGAGUGAGUGAAGAGUGAGUGGUACUGUAGUAACAUCAUAGUCAUAAUCAUAAUUUCAAGCCAUUUACUUGCGUCGCCUUAAAUGUGCAAAGGUCUUAUUCAAGCCUCAAAAGGAAAUAAGGCAUAGUUUAAAUAACACUCCUAUUAAAAGAACAGAAGACCAAGAAGGACACCAGGAGAGUGGUGGAUACUCGUGUAUUCAGACAACCCCCCCUCACAAUGUUCUUCAAUUUCCGUCGUAUCCAUAAGAUCCAGUGUGUGAAGCUGCUAACUACAUGCCUGGUGCUAUGCAUGGUGAUGGUGUGCUGGGAGGAUCUGGAUCACCAUGUGGUUAGUCACGUGAGAUCCUAUACAUAUCGCUACCUAGUCAACAGCUACGGAUUUCUCAAUUCAUCCUUCUCCAUCACCUCUAAACAUCACAAAGGAAAGAAUGGUGGUGGUGGAAGGAGUUAUGAGUACCUCAUUAAUCAUCCGAGUAAAUGUGGAGGUGAUGGAGAUGGAAAAAGCCAAGACAACGUCCUUCUCCUUCUGUUUGUGAAAUCUUCGCCGGAGAACUUUGAGCAGCGUCAGGCCAUCAGGGAGACGUGGGGGAACGAGAGCUUUUUCUGGUCAGAACUGAAGGCGAACGUGAAGGUGCUGUUUGCCCUCGGGAUGCACCCAGACCUAACAUGGCGAUCCCGGGUACACACUGCACUGCUGCAGGAGGACCAGGCCUAUGGAGACCUCAUCCAGCAGGACUUUGAGGACACUUUCCACAACCUGACAACCAAACUGAUCCUGCAGUUCCACUGGUGCCACGAGUACUGUCCACAGGCACGUUUCCUCAUGUCUGCCGAUGACGACAUCUUUGUCCACAUGCCCAAUUUGGUUAAGUGGUUAAGAAGCCAAUCGGGGGCUAAAGAUCUGUGGGUGGGACAUGUACACAGAGGUUCUCCUCCAAAUCGCCGCAAGAGCAGCAAGUAUUACGUUCCCUAUGACCUGUACCCAUGGCCGUCCUACCCUGACUACACGGCAGGAGCAGGGUACGUGGUUUCAGGGGACGUGGUUGCUAAGAUCUACCAUGCCACUCUGUUGCUGAAGUCCUCCAUCUACAUUGAUGACGUCUUCAUGGGGAUUUGUGCCAAGGCCAUGAGGGUGUCUCCCCAGGAGCAUGUGCACUUUUCCGGGGAGGGCAAGGCUCCAUACCACCCCUGCAUCUAUGAUCGCAUGAUCACAUCACACGGUCACACCGAUAUGCACUCUCUGUGGCGAACAGCAACAAAUGAGGCAGUGUAUAGCAAGUACAGAGGGUUUACGGGAAGUGUUUACUGCACAGCAGUGAGAAUGAUGCUGCUGUGCCUGCCAUAUUACCACAGCACAUACCCCUGCAUGGCUGCUUUUACAUAAAUGUUCAGCAGAUGGGGGGAACAGUUUGAAUUAGUUUUAUUUGCACACACACCAGUUAAUAAUAGUGAAGAUGACCUCUGCAUUUAACCCAUCCUUUUUUACACACCAAUCGUGAAAACACAAACUGAGUGCAGAAGCAGUGGGCAGCACUGUGUUUUGGGCACCUAGCUCAGGGUUACCCCAGCCCUUCGAACCAGUGACUUCCCAGUAACAAGCCCUGUCCCCCUCCACUCAGCCAUGGGCUGCCAUGACUGAAAUGUCGGACACAAGCUCAUGAUGGGAGCUCGCACAUGUUCUUUCAUUUCUCCGUUCGCUGACUGUGAUAUGUGUUUGCUGGGUUUUAUUUAAGAUCAAAGCACUGGUUCCUCAGUGAUUAGAUGGUUCGUGUUUCACUGUGUUUACAAGGAGAAUGGAAGUAGAACCCACCGCAGGUGUUUUUACAGUGGGCACUGACGACACCUCCACAGCCAUUCACACUGUUACUCACCUGACCACCUCUGAACAGGUUUAACCACAUAUUACCUUGAAACUUGCUAUUUAAUACUAUCAAUGAGGAAAAGAGUUCAGGGGUCAUUUAUUAUUGCUCAAAUGUAAAUACAGUUCUGGUAAAUGAUGUAUGAUUGCUGUUGCAUUUUAAAGUGUAAAGUUGUGAGUGUUUGUUAGAUUACAAUGUACGAAUAUCGUGGUUUUACAUCUUUGUAAGACGAGCAGCUUUUGCAUCCAAAUAUCUUUGCAUUUUAGAUGGAUGGUCAAACAAAACAAGACUUUUAGCAGACGUCACCAUAGACCACGAGAAUCUGGGCAAAUGUUUUUCACCACUUCUGGGUAAUUACAGACAAAAACUUAAGAAUAACACAGCCAGAUGUAAGGACAGUCUACAAAAGCUUCACCUGUAAUACCAGGUCCACAAAAUGUUUAUAAAAGGUCAUAUGACAUUCAACGGUUUUUUUUUCUUUCUUCUGGUUACUUUUAAAAUUGAUUGUAAAUAGUUCAGAGUUCUUUGAAGCUUAAUUGCAAAAACCGGAAAUAAAAAUGUGUGAAUUAA